UUUUUUUUCUUUUUCACUUUUUUCCUUUAUACUUUUUUUUUUCUUAAAAAGAAAGAAGCCCAAUUCUACAUACAUAAAACAUGACAUACCCACCAUACGACGCAUACUUGUCAAGCCUUGAUUCUCUUGUGUUUGAUUCACCCAGUGAAGCCAUUCAAUCUGAAAAAGAUGUUGCAGAUGAACUUGACUUAUGGAGUAACGCACAAUUUACAUUUGAUGUUAAACCUGGAGUGGGUAUCUAUGACGAAGAAAAGAAGAAGAGUCCAAGCAUUAAUGCCUGCGAAUUCGAAUCUGCUUCUGGUUUAGACCCCGAGACUUACGAUACACUUGUCAACUACCUUGACUAUGAGUUACCAAGACAACAACAAGUUAAAUUAGAUCAAAAGCCUGCACCUAAACGUAUCCAACCACGUCCCUUGGCUCCUGCCCUACCUUUGGCCGCACCUGUGAUCGCUGCUCCUCCACGUCAAAUUUUGAUGCCCAAACCCCCUGUCAAUGCAUCCAUUUUAGCCUCCCUUUUGUCCGCUCCCAUUGCUGCUGCUGCGCCUAGUCCCGCUCCUGUGGUUGCUGCCACUGUUCCCACACCCAAGAAGUCCUCUGCUGGAUUAAAGCGUGCUUUAACUGUGGAAGAACAAGCAGAAGAUGAUGAAGAAGAACAAAACCAAACACCAGACGAAGAUAAGCGUCGUCGUAAUACCGCUGCCAGUGCACGAUUCCGUGUAAAGAAGAAGAUGAGAGAACAAGCCAUGGAGCAAUCGGUGCGUGAAAUGACUGUCAAGUCCGAUAGCUUGCAAGACAGAGUGAACAACUUGGAGACAGAAAUUAAGUUUCUUCGUAGUUUACUGCUUGACAAGGUAGCUGAGCAAAAGGCUUAAACAAACAAACAACAACAACAACCAAAAAAUUCAACAUUUUAAAUAUUUCAACAUAACAUUUAUCUCUCUAUAUAUUUCAACAUCUCAAAAAUACUUUCAACAUAUUUAUUUCCCCCCCUUCUCCUAACUAAUUCAACAUUAUAUCAUUUCUUUCUGUAUCAUAUUUUCAACAUUGAUUUGUACUCCCCCACCCUUUUUUCUGUAAUUUCAACAAUCUAUUUUUUUUUUCUCAUUUAUCAUCCAACAUUAUAAUCCCUUUUUACGUCUUUACUUUCUAAUUCAACAUUAGUAAACACACAUUCAACAUGCCCUUAUAUCACAAAAUAAAAUUAAUAAUUCCUUUUUCUU